AUGGAACGCUUGGUGGGAUGUGCUGUAACGUGGUUAAGAAUGAUACAAGAUCGCGAUGAGUUGUUAGAUUGGAGGGAUUUUAAAAUGAAACUUAAGAGGAGAUUCAAGACCACGAAAGGAGGAACUAUUCUCAGUCAAAUGCUUCGCUUGAGGCAGACGGGUACGAUUUCUGAGUAUAGGGAGCAGUUCGAGGAACUCUCUGCUGAAGUACCUCACGUUCCUAAUGACGUUCUGGAAGAGAUCUUCCUACAUGGGAUGAAGAGAAGCAUGAGGGAGCAGGUAGUGAGGUUGAGACCAGCGGGAAUGGACGAGAUAGUGGACAUGGCGACCAUCAUUGAAGAGCAGGAGAAUGAGAGGCACUCCUAUCAGUCGAGGCCGUUUCAAAGGACUAACUCAGCUCUGGCUUUAAACUCCCACCCGAGGGGUAGCAACUACAGCCCGGGAAAGCAAGACUCGGGAGCCUCAUGUAGUUUCAUUGCGACCAGAGUGGUGGAGAAGCUAGGACUCCCUGUUGUAGCGACUCCAGACUUCGGUGUGGCUAUUGGAGAUGGUAGAAUCAUGACAAGCAGUGGAAAGUGUGAAGGGCUUAAGCUGAUCAUACAAGGGAUUGAGAUACAGGGAGACUUCAUGCUGUUUGACUUAGGAGCUACCGACAUGGUGUUAGGCUACACAUGGUUGGCUUCAUUGGGAGAAACAGGAAUCAACUGGGAUUUGCACGUGAUGCGUUUCCAAAUAGAUGGAGAAUGGGUGACUAUCUCCAGCGAUCCCGCGUUGCUGCGAGAGCAAAUAUCUCUAAGCUCUAUGGAGAAGCUGUGUGACAGUGAAGACGUGGUAUACUUACUGGAGUUACAAACCCUCUUCGAGAAUCCGUAA